AUGUUCUGUAAAAAACCAAAAGCUCCAUUGGAGCUAGGAGAAUGGGAGUACCACCUCAAACAUAUGGAUUCUGCCGUGGUCGAAAACCCACCACUAUCGAUAAAUGAAGGCCAAAUGUACGUGUAUGAAAAUUACUUUCCUAAUUACACGAUCAAGUAUAUCUACGUGGACAACUUGGCGAUGCGAUCUUGUGGCGCUAGUGCAGCGAUCAAAACCGGUGGCAUCGACUCCUCCUACGUGGUGUUAGUACUCCAUGCACAUAUCAAUCAAGAAAUCAGGUCUGUGAUCGACAUCUGGGGAGAACGAACGACCGUGGGCAAGUCGACCAUUACUGAAAUACAACCUGAUGAGACGACAAGUAUUUCCUAUUUGAUGAAACGUGGUGACACGAAGGUUAAGCACCUGCUUCUCAUGCAUAAGGAGGCGAGUUCAAAACGUAUACUAGCUAAAGUACCUAGCUUUUCGAACUUUGAUUUCUAA